UACGGUCAGUGCCAGACUAGUGUAAUGUGGUUUUGUCUGACAAACACAGACCAAAAAUAGCAUGAAAUUAUUGCUAUGUCCUGGAAAAUUGCAGUUAACAGCCGUUCUUACAUUUGGGACUAUGAAAUGCACUAAAUAGGACCUUGUGCAUGUUCGUGCACAGUCAUGCAACAAGAGAAGUGAGGGUCAUAUGUUGUUUAAGUGUGUCAUAGGCGAAUAUUAACCAGGCUAAAAAGCCUUUUUGCCUUAUAUACAAGCCUGGAUGUCCGCACAACUGCGGCUCGUCAGUGCUUAUCCAGGAAGCUUGUGCACACUGUCUUGGUCUUCGAUCAUUUCAGUAAGCUUGAAUACAACAUUCCACUUUGUGUUGCCGUGUUGGCCUGUUUGCUUGUAAUAUUUUCUUAGGAUGCAACAGCAUUUCAACUCAAACAGCCAAGCUUUAUGUCACUGACCGUCAGAAGUCUUUUGUUUGUGAGCUUUCUGUAUUUCCUCUUCAUAUUCACUUUCAGUUUCAGAGGAUGUGGAUUUUUUCCCAGAUGCAGGAAAGCCUCGCCCACAUAAGUUUGGUCCCAUACAGUAAACAAGUUAAUUGAUAGGUUUUGCUUUAUAUACUGUGAUUUAAUAAGAAAAACACCAACGUAAGCCAGUCCGAGCAGUGUUGGUGGUACCAGUGCCAUGCUUUCCAUUGGUUCCUGUUUACAUGAUGCCCACAGGACACACGGUGAUUGGUGGCGCGUCACACGUGACCAGGCAACUUUGUACAUUUGACAGGGAGUAGGAGGGUUUUGUGGAGAUCAGAAAAACGACAGCGCGAUAAAAAUUAGUAUUGUUGCACUUCACAAAUUAAUGACCAUGAGUUCCUACUUGAUAAACUCCAACUAUAUCGAGCCUUCCUUUCCUCCAUGCGACGAAUAUCAGCAGAGCGGAUACAUCCCUAAUCCUGGUGAUUACUACGAGCGGCCAAAAGAUACGGGCUUCCCCCAUCACGAGGAGCCAUCCUAUCCGAGGUCAAACUACACAGAAUCGGGCUACGAUUACGGUAACGUCCCCGCCACUGGUCUCGAUGAUUUCAGCGAUGGGCAUCACGCACAGCCGCAACCGGUUCCACAGAGCCACGGUCCUCGCCUCACCGCGGCCCCCGACGGUGGCGUAGGGGUAAAUGCAAAAGACUGUAGCCUCGCCGGUGAGGUGUACCCCGGCGUAGCGAAGGGUAAGGAGCCGGUGGUCUAUCCUUGGAUGAAAAAGGUCCACGUUAGCACCGUCAGUGCCAGUUACAAUGGAGGAGUGCCCAAGAGAUCUCGCACUGCUUAUACUCGCCAGCAGGCUCUGGAGCUGGAGAAGGAGUUCCACUUCAACCGGUACCUGACCCGGCGCAGACGGGUGGAGAUUGCGCACACCAUGUGUCUGUCCGAACGCCAGGUCAAGAUCUGGUUUCAGAACCGGAGGAUGAAGUGGAAGAAGGAACACAAGCUUCCCAAUACUAAGAUCCGCUCGUCUAGCUCGACCUCGUCCUCAGCCUCGGGGGCCCAGCAGCAGCAGAUCAAAUCAGGCCAGCAGCUCGUCCCCACGCCAUGCACCGCAGGGCUAUAGUGCAUGAACGAACCACACCCCAAAAAACCCAAUCCAGACUGAGAUGGCAAAUAACACAAGUGGAAUUUGAUGGACAGAUUCUCAGUAUUUUACACACAUGGUGUUAUAUCUCUCGCCUUGCCUCUGCCAUUGGGCCCCUGUCACGUCCUUUGUACCCUGUCCCCCUGCUCGCCCUCGCCCUCUUCAUAUAUGCUUGAAAUUCACCUUUAAUUGCCACGGUGGCAACUGAAGUGUUUAUUAUUAUGAAAGAAGGAUUAAAGGAUUACGCACAUUCAAACCUAGGACUUGGAUCAAAAUGUACCAUUACAGUUAAAACUGAGUGAAGCAAAAGUAAGUUUGAGGUCAUUUUUCUAUGUUCUUUUUGCAUUUUUUUGUUUGUUUUCCUUGUUUUAUUAUGGCUCAUGGAAAGUUCUAAUAUACUUGAAAGAUAUUUAGCGAAGCUCUGUGGAUGUCUGUUUAGUAAACCACACGGUUGUUGUAGAGGUAUGGCAUCAGUCAGGGUAACAGUGUAGUUUGUGUGUUUGAGUGGGUCGGUUUACUGUUGAAUGUAGUCCAUGUGACUUUUACAUUUAAUGUACAUAGACAAAUCACAAUGGAGGCACAAAAAAAAAAAGAAAGCAUUUCGCCAAGUAGAAUUAUAUUUGUUGGUGUUGUGAGGUUUAGUUUUAUUUGUGCUAGUACGUCCCAUGUCGUGCUGUGUUCCAAACUGUGAAUAUUUGUAUGUGUUGUCUGUUGUCAGUGAUGACCAUUGUGAUGUAGGCUAGUGUAGGCUCAAUCUAUCCUUGUGAAAUAAAUAAAAAAAAUACCCACUUCCAAGGCUGACAUGGCUUUGAAUUUCAUUGCAAAUACUGAUGUGAUUUCAGCGCAAUAUGUUUUGAUAAAGCUGAUAAAACAUUCACACUUAGGUGCCUCGU